AUGGCGGCAGGACCACAAGCUAGCGGAGCUCCUCCAGCCCAGAAAGUGCAAGAUGUGAUAACCACCUUCAGACCUCAUCGUCGCUUUAGGACAGAACCAAAAUGCAACAUCACAUCCAUAGACUUCGACGACACAGGCGAACUCGUCAUCGUGGCGCGAGACGACGACACUUUACAACUCUAUAAUUUGUCUCAGGGGAAACAUGCGAAAGAGCUGAAAUGCCAGAAGUAUGGAGUCCACUUGGCUAAGUUCUCGCAUCAUUCUCAGAGCAUCGUCCAUGCCAGCAGCCGCAUUGACUCCAAGAAAUCGGACGUUGACAACCAUGCCAUCCGUUACCUGACCACACAUGACAACUCAUACCUCAGAUACUUCCGCGGUCAUACGGAUACAGUUACUUGUAUUGCACUAUCGCCAUCAAGUGAUGAGUUUCUGUCAUGUAGCAAAGACAACUCUGUUCGAUUGUGGAACUUGAAGUCAAGCAACUGUCAAGGCAUGCUGAAGUUACACGGCGCAUACCUCGCCGCGUAUGACCCAUCUGCUACGGUCAUUGCCAUAGCCUCUCCUGCAACAUCAUCGGUCCUUCUCUACGACAAGAACAAUUACGACAAAGCCCCAUUUGCUACGUUUGAUCUCCAACCAUUCGAGAGGGUGUACACCGAGAAGUCUAUUGGUCGGGGCUGGACAAAGAUUGAAUUUUCAAAUGAUGGCAAGAGCCUACUUGUAGCGACGAACGGACUUGGCCAUUUCGUUCUGGAUGCGUUCGAAGGUAACCUGACACAUUUCUGCAUUCGCCGGGGGAAAAUGAGUGGGCGUCGGGCACCAGGAGAAUCGGGUGACGAUUCACGGCCGGUCGGUCAAGGUGAUGUCUGCUUAUCACCAGAUGGGAAAUUCGUGCUUGGAGGAAGUGGAGAAGAAGGCCUGCAAAUAUGGGAUAUAAGCUCUACAAUAAGUGUCACCGACAAAAUGUUGAUGCCCCUGGACAAAAUACCUGGCCCUGGUCAAGGAAGAGCAUCUGUGGUGGCAUACAAUCACAGAUUCAAUCUGAUAUGUACCGCAGAUAAGGAUCUGACCGUAUGGUUGCCUGAUCCUGAUGCAGCGGACUGA